AUGUCCUACUACACGUUCGCCUCGUCCGAGUAUGACCUCCCACAUCCAACACUGAGUCGCCACCAGCCCCGCUUUUACAUUCCCGAUCGGUCCACGUACAGCCCGGGCCCAUCUAGCGCCGGUCUGGUCGGCGAGACACUGUCCAUGCACUCGCGACACCCGUCUGUCCUCGACACGGGAUAUUCCGGGCACAGCACACCGUUCAAUCGUGCAGGCUCGUUCUACGGCUCGGCGUCGCGCACCUCGCUCGCUCAACUCCGCCAUGUGCUGCACUCGUACCACGCCCACGCGUCUGCAAGUGGGACCGGAGCCGGCGACGUCGACCCCCUCACUCCACCACGGCAGAUGUCGCGUGCACACCGCGCGCCAUUCCCCGUCCCACCUGAAGGUGAGGGCGAGCACGUUCACGUCCACGGACGAGAGUGCGAUGCCAGUUCCGGCGACCUGAUGGGUCACGAGUGGGACCCAGACAUGUGGAGCCGAGUUGCCGGCGAUCCCAUGGAGGCCCUUAUCGAUAUCCACCGUGUGCUCUAUCGCGGUAGUGAAGACCUCUCGUCAGAUAACCCCUUGUGGUCCGAGCAAGGCCAGGAAGUCAAGCGCGUUGUCGAACAGUGGUUUGAGGGCGACUGCGUCUACGACCACCCACUCAUCCGUCUGUCGUCACGCCAAUCGGUCCUUACCCACUUUGCUCUCCUCCAGCUCUUCUCCACCGCCUAUGUGCCGUCAUUCACGCCUUCCUCGAUGCUUCUUCACGCCCGCAACCUCACAUCCCGCAUUCGCGGCGUCUUCCUCAGCUCGGACGAGAUUCCAGCUGUCGAGGCCCGCGCACGAGACGCCAAGGGGAAGCGCGUGGUUGACCCGGUAGAUGAGUGGCUCGAGACUUCGGGUAACCGACAGCCCGUAGUUCACCGUGACCACAAGAACGACGGGUGGUGGAAGCUCUGGGACGUUUCUGCCGAGUGCCGCGACAUUGGGUGCAUGGAGUGUUAUGAAGGCUACCACAUUGCGCUCAUCGACCAUGUCAUCUCGCUCAGUCUGUUCCCGUCCAUUAUCAAACGGCCCUCACCACGCGGCCUCGUCACCCCUACCGACUCGACCGACUCGCUUGCCACCCUCGACCUCCCACAACGUUCCUUUGUCUACUCGCUUGCAGCCUCUCUGCUGAGUGAGUUUGACUUCCUGCUCCGCUGGAACCUGCCCGUCUCUACCAUCGUCGAGUUCAAUGAGGUGGGAAAAGCCACCCAUGUGCGUGACGUUGUGGACGUUCAAGACGUCAUCGACACAUUUGUGCCGUUUGCCAAGCGCUUCAGUUGGCUCUCACGUCGCAUGGCCGGUUUGGUCACCUCGACCGUCGGUUCGAUCGCCCUCAGCCUUAUUCCGGGGCACACUGUCUUGGUUGGCGACCCGAUCAAGAUCAUGUCCGACGAGCAGCAGCAGGACAAGGACAAGAUUAAGGAACUCGCAGCCAAGCCGGGGCUAGGCUCGCCAAUCGGUCUCCUGCCUGAUCCCUCUGCGGUGGCCAUCAAGUCGGUGACAGCUUCCCCAUUCGGUGACGCGUCCAACUUGCUCGGCCUGGAGGGUGUGUCGUCCAUGGCGCCGGAUGUGGACGUGGAGGGACAGGACGUUUGA